AUGGGAAUUUGCAUCAUAAAGUCAAGAGAUGCCAAUGGCAGCCCUGAGGACAUCGGGAUAGUCCUUGAAGGCCAGAGAGUCUUGCUGGAUUUGGAUAACUAUACCCUAGCAGCUGCAAUGCUGUUUGGACUAAUGGUUAUUUCCAUGGUGACCAACCUCAUGGCUACCGCUACAGAGACCAUAGUGCAAACCACAGGAAACCUGUCAGACCAUAAAGACCAAAGAGGAAGUGAAUUUGGUCGUACCCAUCAGGAACUAAACCCGUCUGUGCUGAGUGCUGCUGAGAGUAACUCUGUUCUCCAUGGAAUCAUAGUGGCAGCUCAGGCACUGAUACUGCUGUCUGUAUUCCUUCUCUCCUGUCUUGGUAACUCAGCAGUUGUCGUCGUUAUCAUCAAGCACAGGCAACUUCGAACAGUGACUAAUGCUUUUAUCAUGUCGCUGUCGCUAUCGGACUUCCUCACGGCUGUCUUGUGUCUGCCAUUCUCUUUUGUUAUGCUUUUCAGUAAGGAUGGAGUCUGGAUGUUUGGGGAUCGUUUCUGUGUUGCCAAUGGGUGUUUGAACACCUGCUUUGGUAUUAUCGCCACCCUGACAAUGACUUUGAUAUCCUUUGAUAGGUACUAUUCCAUUGUCAGACAACCACAGGCUAAAAUAGGCAGACAGAAAGCAGCCCAGUUAUUGAUUGCAGUGUGGAUAACUGCUGUCAUUUUCUCUCUGCCUUGGUAUCUGGUAAUCCGAACACCUAAAGAAAUCCACAAGCAAGGUUUUUACCACUGCAUGUAUGUGUUCCACUCUGGCACCUCACUCAUGGGAACAGCUUAUAGCAUCUGUCUGAUCAUUGUAUGUUAUUUAUUGCCUUUUUGCCUGAUGUGUUUUUGCCAUUACAACAUUUGUAAGACUGUUCGGCUCUCAGAAAUACGAGUCAGGCCUGUGACCACAUAUGCAUACUUACUUCGAUUUUACAGUGAAAUGCGAACAGCCACCACAGUUCUGAUAAUGAUUGUUUUCGUUAUUUUUUGCCGGGUGCCAUAUUGUCUAAUGGGGCUAGUUACUGCUAUAGGGGACUACACAUUUAAUCCUGCAAUGGACACAGUGGCCAUUUGGCUAGCUUGGGCAAAUGGAGCCAUUAACCCUCUGAUCUAUGCUCUGAGGAACCCAAAUAUAGCCAUGUUACUGGGACGCAGUAGAGAGGAGGGCUAUCGGACCAGAAAUAUUGCUGCAUACCUCUCCAGCCAACUCAGAACCACGAGGCCCGGUUUAAACAAUGCAGAGAGGAUAAAAGAUCGCUACCUGAGUCGCGCAGGGCUUAACAGCCAGCUGUUGACUUCGAGUCCUGGAAAAACAGGAGGGGGAGGAGAAGUGUCAAUGUGGGCUUGUAAAAACCCUGCUGUGUACUUCUGUAAGGACACUCAGCAAAAUACUGCAUCACUGCCAAACUCAGUUGGCGCUCAAAAGACAAAGAGACCUGACACGAGCCUUUGAGAUUGUAGAGUUUGCAUUAUCUAAGAGUUGGUUUCAUCAUAAGUGUUAUUGCUAUGAAUCAAGAUUUGUUUUAAAGACUUGAUACUGUGUAUGACCCCUGAGACCAAAACUCUUAUGUUUAUGAUUAACAUUGUGCUCCAGGUAUGAACAACACAAAGAAUAAUUUGAGUUGUUCAUACUAAAAUGAUCAUAUUUACACUGUGCAAGUAUCAUCUUGGAUGAUACCAUUAGGUCCUCUCAAACAUACUCAUUUAAACUGACUGAAAUGAGUAUGUUCUUGUUCUGUGACACAGAAUGCUAAAGGGUGCAAAAUAGCUCAUGUCUGAGUUUGAACAUCUUUAUAUCUGUCCUUAAUCUUAAAUGUGCCACACAGCAUAUGUACUGUUCACGUCAUUUCCCCUGUCCUCACCAGCAAAUUAACAUUGUCUAUUGUUUGUUUAGCAUAUUAAAGCAACAUAAUUAGAUGCCACUCUCCUAAUAUCCCUACCUAUCAGUGGCUCCAACAUGACUUUAGUUGGAGCCACUGAUAGGUCAGUCAGACCAGGAAGUAGCAUUGUGGCAUUUUUCCACAAAUGCUUCAAAAAGAUAUUCAUUACAGAGCUGGCUAUCAAACUGCUACUCUGGGGAAGCCUGUUA